GUUGAUGAUGAUGUUUUGAAUGAUUAUGAUCAUGAAGAUGAUGAUUUGAAUGAUGAGGAUGAAUUGGAUAAUGAUGAUGAUGAUGGUAAUGAUGGUGAUAAUGAUAAUGAUGAUGAUAAUGAUAACGAUGAUGAUGAAGAUGAUUUACGUGUCGUCGAUUUGGAUGAUGAAGUUGAUGAUGAUGAUAAUGGUGAUGAUGAUGAUAAGGAAGAUGGUGAUGAUGAUGAUAAUGAUGUUGAUGCCGAUGAUGAUGAUGGUGAUCAUUUUCAUGAUGAUGAUGAUGAUGAUGUUGAUGAUGUUUAUGCUGAUGAUGAUGACGAUUUCUGA